AACAUGUCAUGUGAGAGUCACGUGGUCAUUCAGUCAAAAUGUCGGCAGCGGUGUUGGGCGUGUGCGCUGUAGCGAUCCUGUGUGUCACGGGCGUUGCGGGGGUAGGGAUGCUCUACCCCCGGGACUCCGAGAGUCGGGAGGUAAAGAACCUGGAUGGAAUGUGGAACUUCCGUGCCGACAUGUCCCCGACCAGGGAUGCUGGACUGACGCAGAGCUGGUUCUCUCAGCCGCUUGCGAAAACUGGACCAGUGAUUCCGAUGCCCGUCCCCUCCAGCUACAAUGAUGUCACCCAGGAUAGGGCCCUUCGAGACUUCGUCGGCUGGGUGUGGUACGACCGCUCAUUCUUUGUACCUCAAGACUGGCAAAACCGUCGAGUAGUUCUACGCUUUGGCAGUGCCCAUUACUACUCUAUGGUGUGGAUCAACUCGCAGAUGGUUGUUGAGCAUAAUGGUGGCCAUCUUCCGUUUGAGGCAGAAAUCAACAAAUACCUCAACUUUGCUGGGAGCAACUUGCUGACAGUUGCUGUCAACAACAUCACCCCCCACACUCUCCCCCCAGGCACCAUCAAAUAUGAGACCGACACCAAGAAAUAUCCAGAGGGCUACUUUGUUCAGAAUCUCCAGAUGGAUUUCUUCAACUAUGCUGGUAUUCACCGUCACGUCCGACUGUACACGACCCCAACCACCUACAUAGAUGAUGUAACCGUUACAACUGACAUCAAUGAUGGAAAAGGUGUUGUCAACUACCAGAUCGUCCCAGGUGGAUCUACCCAGGGCAACAGUAUCAAGGUGGAAGUGGAGGACAGGGAGGGGAACGUCGUUGGAACAUCGCCACCUUCAGCCGCUGUGUCCAUCGCUAACGCCAACCUCUGGUACCCCUACACCAUGAUGCCCAACUCUCCAGCCUAUCUCUACACAUUGAAGAUGACCUUGACCUCUGCAGCAGGAACGGAUGUGUACAGACUACCAAUUGGUAUCCGUACUGUACAAGUGACUGAGACCCAGCUCCUGAUCAAUAACAAGCCCUUCUACUGCCAUGGAGCUGCCAAACAUGAGGACUCAGAUAUUCGAGGAAAGGGCCUGGAUUAUGCUCUCAUAGCGAAAGACUUCAACAUGCUGAAGUGGCUUGGGGUCAACUGUUUCCGGACAUCCCACUACCCGUACGCCGAGGAGAUCAUGGACCAGGCGGACCAGCAGGGCAUCAUGGUCAUUGACGAGAGUCCAGGAGUCGGGAUUUCAUCGGAUGAGAACUUCAGCAACGAGUCCCUGUCCCACCACCUGGAGGUGAUGGGGGAGCUGGUGCGGAGAGACAAGAACCGCCCCUCUGUCAUGAUCUGGUCUGUCGCCAACGAACCAGCAACUAGCAAGGACAUAGCAGCACCGUACUUCAAGUCAGUGAUUGGUCACACUAAAGUCCUUGACCCAACUCGACCUGUGACCUUUGUGUCUGACCGGGACUAUGAUAGUGAUAAGGCUAUUCCAUAUGUGGAUAUCAUCUGUUUCAACAUAUGUGGCUACUACGGCUGGUACAGUGACACUGGUCACACAGAGGUCAUUCAGCUCCAACUAGGAACUGAUAUGGACGGCUGGAGAAGCAAGUACAACAAGCCUCUCAUCAUUACUGAAUAUGGAGCUGACACAGUUGUUGGAUUACACAGGGACCCGUCGUCAGUGUUUACAGAAGAAUACCAAGUCGAUUUUAUGACUGAAUACCACAAACUGUUCGACACAAGGAUUGGAAAAUAUUUAGUGGGUGAAAUGGUGUGGAAUUUCGCCGACUUUAUGACAGUGCAAGGUGUCACCCGAGUCGUUGGCAACAAGAAGGGCAUGCUCACUCGUCAACGGCAACCUAAAGCUGCCGCAUUCCUACUCCGGAAAAGAUACCAUGACCUAAUGAAUUCCACACGUCACCACUAAGUGACCUUGACUGCUCAACGGUGUUACAAAUGUUACAUACCUAACUGAUAAAUCUAGAAUAGCAACAUAACAGUGACAGAAAUAUUCACUUGGGGUACUUACACAGGGUGAUUCAUCUGAAAUUUGCAUCACAAAUUUGGUUAAAUGUGUUUGAUUAUUGUAAUUUCUGUUAUUUUAUGUUUAGUAUACUCAGCGCAAUGUUUGCAUGAUAUUAAUUUAUUAUUUAAAAUGAAGAAUAUGAAAUCAAAAUCAAAUGUCAUUACCACAAAAUGUCAAGUUAAUACCAUAAUUAGAAUUAAUCUAACAAAA